UCUUACCCACACAACAGCUGGGCACACACCAGCUCACCUUCAGCUGCUGUCAGCCAGCACCCCCAGAGCCUUUCCUGCUGGACAGCUUUCCAGCCACUCUGUCCCCAGCCUGGAGCACUGCAGGGGCUUCUUGGGGCACAAUGGCAGAACCCAAGCCAGGCUCUUCUGGAAACUCAUCCUUGCACCAUCCAUCUAGCCUGUCCACAUCGCCUCAAUAGAGCCUUCCUACCUUCCAGCACAUUAACACGCUCAUCCAGCUUGGUAUUGUCAGAAAUUUGUUACUGAGGGUACCCUCAAUGCCCUUGGCCACAUCAGCAGGACAGACACUGAGCAGGACUGGCCACAGAGGACACCACUAGUGACCAAAAACCACCUGGACGCAGCACCAUUCCCCACCACCCUCUGGACACGGCUAUCCUGACACGUCUUAAGCCAGGAAUGAGCGCACUUGCCCAAGCCCUGAAUUGACAGCUUUUCCAGGACUGUGCUGUGAGAGACAAAGGUUCAAGUCCAGGGAGACUCCAUCCACAGCUUCUCCCUUGAGAGGCAUCAGGCAAUUCAACCACACCUCAGAGGAGAUCAGUUUGCUCAGGCAGGACCUGCCUUUCCUAAACCCACAUUGGCUGGGCCUGAUCCCUCAGUUGUCCUCUCUGAGCCGCGUGAUCCCCCUCACGAUGAUCUGCUCCAGAACCUCGCUGGGCCCCGAGGUCAGACUCACAGGCCUGCAGUUCCUCACAUCCUCCCUGCAGCCCUUCUUGGGCCUGGGUGUCCCAUUGGCACCUCCAGUCACCUGGGACCUCCCCGACUGGCCAGGAAUGAUGACAAUAAAGGAUGGACAGCAGUUCAGGGAGCUCUUCCAUGGGCUCCCUGAGCGCCCCUGGGGGACUCCCAGCCAGGCCCAUAGACUUGUCAGUGUCUCAGCAGGUCACUGACGACUUCUUCCAGGGGCUCUAAUCCUGUGCCUGUCUGCCAGCUCAGGAGACUACUUUUCUUCUGCAUAAGCGGUCUGAUUAUUAAAGGCUGAGGCAAAGAAAACGUUAAGUAGGGCAGUCUUUUCCUCAUCCUUAAUAAUCAUAUUCCCCUCUGCAUAAAAUAAAGAAUGGUGAUUUUUAUUUGCCCUCCUUUGUUGCUAGUCUUUAUAAACAAAUACUUAUUAUUGUCUUUUACAGUAGUGGCCAGAUAAAGUGCUAACAGCUUUCACCUUCCUGAUUCUGUUUCUACAUGAGGUCAGGGCCUAGAGCUGGGACACAUGGCGGGCUGGGUGGGAUAAGCAGGGCACAGGGCUCUUUUGUGGGAGUUUAGAGCACAAACUCAAGGUGGGACAAGGGAGAGCUGAAGAUCAUUGAUAAAGGAACAAGCGUAGGCAAAGCAGAGGGCCAAAGGCCUAAGAAACUGACAUCAUCAUGGAAACCAGCAGGCCUGUCAGACAACGGGUGGCCGUGACCACCAGGCCUUUAUGACCCACGCUCGCAUCGUGCCCAAAGGCCAUUGUGACACGGGUGCCUGCAGUGACGUGGAGGAAUCUUACAGGGACAAAGCCCUCACGUUGUCACUCCCAAGAGAGCAGCUCUCUGAGGAGGCAGCAGCUCUCUCACGAGGCAGCAGCUUCUCUGGAGGAAGCAGCUCUCUGGGUGCCCUUGGCCAGUGUUCAUCAGAGCACUGCCAAGAUGUCAAAGAGACAGGACGAGAACGUCCACUUCCAGCCCCAUGAGGGGCAGCGAUUGCUGUCCAAGCGGCAACAGGUGCCUCAGAGGCCACCGCAGGCAGCAGCAGAGGUCACAUGGGUGACCAUCGUGCCCCUCCACGGGGACAGACUCACAGGACACCUCACACAGGUGACACAGAACACCUCGUGGAGGUGUCCUCAGAAGGACAGCCUGGAGGGCAGGUAUUCACUGCUCCGCAGCGGCACAGUCACACGGCCAAAGAGGUUGUCCGUGUCAGACUUGCCGCCACUCCAUGGCCCUCCAUUGACAGUGACACCUCCGUGCCGGCUCAGCUCUGAAAUGCCAAGAGCAGCCUCGGCAAGGGUCAAGCUGCCCCCUCUGCCAGCAGCCCCAGCAGCCUCUGGGGCUUAUCCCAGAGGCAGAGCAUUGUCCAUGGGCCCUGUGGCCAGCAGCCACCGAGAGCUUGUGCCACCUUCUCGGUGGGGCACUGUGGCUGCUCACAGGGCCCGGGGAACACCUUCCCUGGACAGCUCAGCUGAAAGGCUCUGGCGAGGGUCAGCGGCAAGGCAGGGCCAUCACCUGCCACCCCUGCGACGUGCAGGGGGCAUGCUGCUCCGCACAGGGACCCAGCCUGACUGGAAACACCUGGGGCACAGCGAGAUGGAGGAGUUCAUUGAGGUGCAGGAACAGCACAGUGGCAACAUCUAUGCAGACCUGCUUAGAAGCCUUGCCCUGUGCCUGUAUGAAGACACAUCUACCAGGUCUACCUGCACCCAGGCGCAGUCAAGUGUCUGCCAGGAUGUACAUUCACAGCACCAGGUGUCAGAGCAGCAGUCUGUCUCUGACAACUCCCAGUCCUGGGACACUCCUCCAAAGGAGCCAAACUGGCAGGAGGAAGAGCUCCCAGUAACAGAGGCUGCAGGAGACAAGGCCAGCGACCCACAGGGCACGUUGCUUGCCCUAUUGAAAGAGAAAGAGGGAGAGCCAGGAUCUUCUACCCGGGACAAAGAUCCCUGGGAUGAGGGGAACAGCAAGCUUUUGCCCACAUCAGAGCCUGAGGUAAGCUCAGACUUCACAGCCUCUCCCUCAUCUGGACGCCACUGUGAAGAGAGGGGAGCUCAUCAGCUGCCCGAGCACACUGCACAUGGCAAGCUGCUGUGCACGGGGCCUGAGGAUGCUUCAAAGCAUCCUCUGAAUAUCGAUGCAGAGGAGCUGGAGAAGUUGGAGGAAGACAUCCUCUCCUCCCUGCAUCAAGAAAGCCCCUCGGUGCCACACAGUCUUUGUGGCUGGAGCAAAGACUCUGUAGGAGAGACCGAAAACUACACACAGCUCGUGCCCCCUGACCGGUAUGAAGAGCUGUGGUCUCUCUUAAACAACAAGGACGCCCCAUCCAGGGACGCUCGGCUAGACCAGCUACUGGCCAAGUGGGAGGAAGAAGAGCUCCAUGACACAGACACUGCUGGAGAGAGGGACAGCGAGUCACAGAGCUCGUUGUCUCUCCCACUGCAAGAUGCGGGAGCAGAGCCAGAAGCUUUUCCCCUGCACAGCGAUCCCUGCGAUGAGGAGCACAGGCAGCAUCUCCCCAUGGCACUGCCGGAACACACAAAGAUGUUUGCGGUUUGUGCCUCGCCUGCUGAUCCUGCGGAGGAGGCCGACGCAGCAUGGCUUGAGGCUGGCUGUGCCCAGGCCGCCCCUCCCCAGGAAGAGCCCCACAGGGCUGGGGAGCCGGCAGGGGCUUGCCCGCUGCCUGCCCAGCCCCUGGCACGCAGCGCUCCUGCUUGCCCCGCCGGCAGCGCAGCCGUCCCGCAGCCCCCGGCCCCACGGCCAUGGCGCUCCAUCGCCAAGACGGCCCGGCGG